GAGCUUGCGUCCGCAGAGCUGAGCGGUCGCAGGAGCGGGUGUCCGCGGAGAGAGAUCGAGAAACUUUUCUUGGCUCCUCGGCGCGCCCUCACUCACGCUCCAUGCUCCGGCCGCAGCCCGGCCCCUCGCCUCGCCGCUGACGGCGCCCGCCACCCGGGCAGGACCCAUGCACUGAGCGCUCCGGAGGUCGUAGGCUGCAGCUGCGCCGCGGCUCCGGGAGCCGGCGGGGGCGCCGCGGCCGCGGGGGGCGUCAAUGGAUCGCCACUCCAGUUAUAUCUUCAUCUGGCUGCAGCUCGAACUCUGCGCCAUGGCCGUACUGCUCACCAAAGGAGAAAUUCGAUGCUACUGUGAUACUGCUCACUGUGUGGCGACUGGAUAUAUGUGUAAAUCAGAGCUUAGCGCCUGCUUCUCUAGACUUCUUGAUCCUCAAAACACAAAUUCCCCACUUACCCAUGGCUGCCUGGACUCUCUCGCAAGUACAGCAGACAUCUGCCACGCCAAAUUGGCCCAAAACCAUUCAGGCACCACCAUGCCCACAUUGGAAUGCUGUCACGAAGACAUGUGCAAUUACAGAGGGCUACAUGACGUCCUCUCUCCUCCCAAGGGUGAAGCCUCAGGACAAGGAAACAGGUAUCAGCAUGAUAGUAGCAGAAACCUGAUCACCAAGGUACAGGAGCUGACUUCCUCCAAAGAACUGUGGUUCCGGGCUGCUGUGAUAGCUGUUCCUAUUGCCGGCGGGCUGAUCUUAGUGUUGCUCAUUAUGUUAGCCUUGAGGAUGCUCCGAAGUGAGAACAAGAGACUGCAGGACCAGCGGCAGCAGAUGCUCUCUCGUUUGCACUACAGCUUUCAUGGACACCAUUCCAAAAAGGGACAGGUUGCAAAGUUAGACUUGGAGUGCAUGGUGCCAGUCAGCGGGCAGGAGAACUGCUGUCUGACCUGUGACAAAAUGCGACAAGCAGAACUUGGCAACGAUAAGAUCCUCUCCCUCGUUCACUGGGGCAUGUACAGUGGUCACGGGAAGCUGGAAUUCGUAUGACGCAGUCUUAUCUGAACUUGAACUUCUCAUAUGCUUGAAGGCCUUGGAGUUCUACUGGACAGGAGCACUUUAUCUAGAGACAACAAACUCAUGUGAUCCAUCUUUGAGACAAAAUGACCUCUGCAAACAGAAUCUUGGAUAUUUCUUCUGAAGGAUUAUUUGCACAGACUUGAACACAGUCAAAUGUAGUAUUUGCUUUAAAAUUCUAAAAAGCAAAGUGAGGACUAUGUACACACUGUCACCAGGGUUAUUUGCAUCCCAGGGAGCUGGAAUCGAGUACUUAAAUAAACCCAAUGUGCUCUA